AUGCUCAUCCCAUUUCACGAUGCUGACGCUCGCUCGCCGUCGCCUGCGUGCUCGCAGAUCCAAAACAAGGUACCAAUCAACUCGAUCAACAUCUUCAAGAUGUCGGAGAACGAGACGAUGGUGGGCGGCAUCGUGCCGGCCAAAGACGGGGUCGUCAAGGACAACUCGAUCAACAUGGAGAACAUCGUCGACUACAAAUUGAAGGUCGGCUUCGGCGGCCGAGUCAAGGUCGUCCUCUCUUUUGCGUCGGAAUCGCCCGCGCUCCUCGGAGCCGAGGCGUGCGACAAGAAUGACGUCGUGAAGGACGUCCCCGAGGCCAAGUCUGGCUCGGAGGCCUCCCUUGACGAGAGCAUCCUCAAGAAGGACCCGGCCGCGGAAAAGGACCCCGCCGCGGACGCGGUCGACUCGGACAAGGCCAAGGCCAUGUUCUCCGCCCACGCGCCCAGCCAGCCCGCCGAUUUCUGGUCCAAGCUUAAGCGCCCGGCCGCCGGCGCCAUCAAGGGCGCCCUCAAGAAGGACAUUCCUGCCGCAAAGUCUGGCGCGGAGGCUUCCUUUGACGAGACCGGCGGCAUCAAGAACGACCCGGCGCUCAAGCCGGUCACCGAAGACGCGCCGGCUUUCAAGCCGGUCACCGCCGGCGGCGCGCCGCUGCCGCCGAUCAAGGAGUUUUCAGCGGAGGGCGACGCCGACUGGACCGUCUCGGCGGCCAAGGAGUUUCCAGCGGAGGAGCCCGCCCCGGCGGGCAUCGCCGACUGGACCGCCCCGUCGAACCCGCGCCGCAACAACGGGCGCAAGGGCGAGGUCAAGUCCACGACGGUCUCCAACAAGUACGAUCUGCUCGACGACGUCGAGACGAACCUCGCGGCGGAGAACGGCGAGGACGAGGACGAGAAGAAGUCGAAGAAGAAGGGAAAGGAGAUGGGCGCGGAGUCGGGCAAGGAGUCCGCGGCGCGCCCUCCGCCCGAGUGUGUCGGUGGCACCGGCAAGGCGCCCCGCGGCUCCACGCCGUCGACCACACACUCGGGCGCGACGGUCGAGACGACCACGACCGCCACGCCGGAGGGCUCCGUCUCCGCCUCCGGCUGGCUCUCGUGGCCCAAGCUCUGCUGGCACAACGCGCUCUGCGCCGUCUUCAUCUGCCUCAUCGCGGUGAGCGCAGGCGGCGGGGCGUUCGUCUACUUCUCGCACGGCUCUGACAGCCUUCUCCCUUCGAUUGUGCCCGACGCGACGGCGCUCCCGACUGAGCGCGGGCCGCUGUUUGCUCCGUUCAACCCCACGCCGGACCCGGUCGUGCCCGACCCGCCCGACGUGGUGAACGACCCCGCCUGGCUGAUCGCCACCUCCGGCUUCUGCUCGAACCUCAACGUCGCCAUGAUCGAGCGUGACAUCGAGGGCAGCAAGACGGCUGGCGACAGGGACGGGCACUUCAUCGCCGACAUCGAGUUCAACUACUACCCGCAGACGGCGGUCAAGUUCACCGACUUUCCGUACCACAUUGCGAACACCAUCGAGGGCGACAAGGACGAGGCGGACGCGCUCGUGUCGCCCGCGUGGGACCACAAGAAUAUCGCGCUGCUCGAGCCGACGUCCACGUGCGGCGUUGACGAGCAGAGCAACCAGGCGUGGGGCGUCUCGGUCUUCAAGGUGAAGGAGCACCGCGCGUGCGCCGACGGCGAGACGGCGUGGGAGGGCCACCCAUGCGUGCACUACUCGGGCUACGUCUCAGCAGAGACAUCCAACUUUGUCAAUGUCAACGAGGGGAGGUUCGUCUGCCAGCUCUUUGUUGACUCGGCUCCGUCAAGCUGCGCCUCUGUUGGCGACUGCAGCGAGGAUGAGUAUUGUACGGCAGUAUUCACGUGCGAGUCCUGCCCGACAGGGAUCCGGCAAGGCGAUUCGUGGCAGUUCACAGAGACAGGCAUCUGCGUGUGGGACUGCUGCCACGACGAUGGCACGUGGGACGGCACCUCCGCCGACAAAUGCAGCAGGAUCCAGAAAGGAGGCGCGUGGACGAAAUUGCCCGAGUCUGGCACCUGCGCAUGGGGCUGCUGCAAUUCCGACGGGACUGAUGCCAUCUUGUACCAGCAGAAACGCUACUAUGCGGCAUUGGAUCCAGCAUUUCUCACGUUACAGGCACCCCUUCUCGCACUGCAACUGGCCGAGAUCAUACUCCCGGGAGCGAACAUUGCUCGCAAGUACUUUCCAGAGAUGAACCCGAUGAAGAUUGGCGACGGCAUCGGUCGUCUCGCCGUUGGCCUCAGCGGCUGCUCGUCGCCCACGACAAAGCGCGUGGGUGCUUACUGCUACUUUCCGGAGAAUGUCGAGGGCGGUGUCGUCGGCUCCGAGGUGACGUAUGCUCACAACGACGAGCUUCGCACCUUUGCCACGCUGAUGGUUGCGUACAACGCGGCCAGCUACAUGUACGUCAACGGCUGCGCCUCGUGCGGGCAGGCAUCCGAUGACGAGUUGGGCCAUUUUGGCGUCACCACGCCCGGACUCAUCGUCCUCGGCAGAGCCGACAUCUUUGAGACCACUAGUGAUCCUAGCGACUUUUGCGAAUCGGCAGACCCGAAAUAUCCUAUCACUUACGACAAUGAUGCGCAGCUGACCUUUUGCACGCCUCCCGAUUCACCGCAGCACGAGUGCGCUUCCAUCUACCAUUACGAGCGAGCCAAGGACCAGAUCGUCACCCUUGCCUUUCGAGGGUCAGAGACCCCCGACAUACACUACCUCCACACUGGAAGAGCCAAGCUCGAGGAUAUUGUUGGCGAUUGGCUCGGCACCGAUAUGAGCGCCAAGCCCGUCUUGCUGGACCCCGCCAUCUGUCCUAGCGGUAGAGAGAGCGGUGUUGUCGUGCACGCAGGCUUCCAGGCUGCAUGGCUGCAGCUCCGUCACCGUGUCAUCCCUGCACUCCAAGCGACGAUCGACACUUUGGAGUCCGCCCGCCCGGAAAAGCCUGUCAAGACACUCCUCACAGGCUACUCGCUCGGCGCUGCCGUUUCGGCGGUAGCAACGUAUGACAUCUGGUGCAAUCUGGGAACCGGCGGGGCCACGUCGCUGAAACACGACCUGUUUGGUACCAUCAACUUUGGCCAAGUCGCCAUCUUUUAUGGCAACGCGGAUCACUAUGAGGCAAUCGUGCCAGUGACAAAGCGCAUCCGCAUCCAAACCGCGUCCGCGCAGCAGGAUUUGCUUACGCUUGGCAUCACGCGGUGGUACACAGGAGAUGUCGUUGGCGCGCACCUGCCGUUGUGGAAUUACGUUCAGCCAAAGGGCGAUUAUCAGGCCUCCUGGGUGCGAGUGGACCACGCCUUUGAUGAGGCGCAGCCGCCUCCCCUAACGAACUGGUGCGAUUCCUCCGAUGAUUGCAACGGCGACGAGUACUGCUCAGCAGCCUUGAAGUGCGACUCAUGCCCGACGGGCAUCCGCCGCGGCGACGUCUACGAGUUCGAAGAAUCAGGCCCAUGCUUGUGGAAGUGCUGCCACUCUAGUGGAGUCGAUGCACUGGGUCUUCCCAUUGCAGGGACGGAUGCCGGGCGGGAUCGAAGGUGCUCCACAGGCAUCACCAGCGGGGAUCGUUAUUCCUACCAAAAAACCGACACAUGCGUCUGGGGCUGCUGCAACUCGGAUGGAACGGACCGAGGCUGGAGCACGCGUUGCUCCACCGGCAUCACCACUGGGCAGAGCUAUUCGUAUGAGCAGAGCUGGUGGCCCUGGUGGACUGUAAGUGGCACCUGCUUCUGGGGCUGCUGCACAACGAAAGGCUACGACGCAGGCUGGGACUACUACUGCGACGGCAUCCCCAAUGGCGACACUUGGCAAAAGACUGUAAGUGACACCUGCUUCUGGGGCUGCUGCACAACGACCGGCCUCGACGCAGGCUGGGACUGCGACGGAAGCAAGCUGAAGCAGGGGGAAGUUUGGUCGAGGCAACGCAGAGACACGUGCAAGUGGGGCUGCUGCAACCGCGACGGAACCGACGCCAAGGGGCUAGUCUCUGCAUUAUUCGGCUAUCCAUCCUGCUACGGGCCCAUAGGUGGUGGUCUUUGCCACAUGCUGAAUCGAUACAUGCAGGGGAUGCGCCGCAACAACACCAAGUACAACGGGGGGCUGUGCAAGAAAGUGGACGACCCUGACGACGUGAAGGGCCUCACCCCAGAGGCAUUCGGUGGCGGCCAAGGCGACUACUGA